AUGGACAGUGGAAGCACUGGAGCGGCAGCGGGGAUCGACCCCAACAUUCUCGAUAAUUGGCAAUCCGACGGAGCUUUCUCCGUCAACCCAUGGGAGCAUUUAGGUUACGAACAGCCGCUAGAGUGGGACAACAGCCAGGACUCGAGCCAGUGCGCCGAUGUUGCUGAUCUAGGCGGCUAUCAUGACUCGCUAGCUACCUCGUUGCUGGAUCGCACGGGCGAGUUACAGCAUCUAGCAGACAGGAAGCACGAUGUGAUAUCAGACGCCUAUAACUAUGAUGGCACCGGCGAGGGCACGGGGAGUGGGACGAUUAGUCCACAGACCUUGCCCUCUUCGGCCGAUGACAACUUCCAUGCUGACGAAGCGUGGCCGCAGUUCCAGCUUUUCAACUCUGUUGCUGCGAGCAUGGCCCUCGAGGCGCCUCUUAUGCAGUCUUCUGGCAAGACAGCAGGCCUCUCAAAUGAUGCAGUGAUUUUAGAGGACAUGGGCGAAGUGCACCAGGGACAGGGCUUCCCGGAUGCCGCAGCUGAGGCAAUGAUGUUUCAGCAAAUGCCCUCAACCUUCCAAAUGAUGCCGGACGAUUGGUCUAAUCAAGAAAGCAUCAAUUCGGAGAAUAUUCCGGUACAGGCCUCUGUUCCGUUGCCCAUGGCUCCUGAAAAUGAGACCAAAAAGCAACCUUUGCGUGAUCUCCAGACUUCUCCCCAGUACUGGCCGCAUGACAUUGAGGCGCAGGUUCCGGCUACACAGCUGUCGCCCGUAUCGAUGGUUAGCCCGCUAAACAAUGCUCAGCCUGCUCAGGAACGCUUCCAGUUCAAAUCGGAGAACUCGUCUGUCUCAGGUGAUAUGUCUGGCAUGUUCGAGCGCUCCUACUCUGCCACCAGUGAAGAUCCGUCAGUAUUUGCGCGGCAUCAGUUGGAUGACGGGCCGGACUGGCAAAUCGAUUUCGCGGAAAGCAACUCCCCGGGGGCCGUCUGCGGUGGGAAAACAACUGCCUUCAUGGUGAGCGAGACCCCGUCAGAAUCGUUGCUGAGCACAAUGCCAUCUCGACCGAAGGGCUCAUCCCAUCAGCGAAAUGGGAGUCGGCCCAUGCCUCUUGCCGUGCAGUCUGCGGGGGCGGUCCGGAAACGCAAAAACCGCAGCGCCCAGGGUUCCAUUGACCUUGGCCCUUCGCAGCCUUUGCAGAUUGUCCAAGAAGACGGACAGGGUGGCUCUAUUGCUUCUGCAGAUUUUGUCUCUCCUCCUCGGGGCUCGUCGGAAGGGUCCUCUGAUAAGCUUACUGCCAGUCCCCCUAGCAACGUUCAAAAGCUCAUGUUUUAUCAUCAGUGCGAUGGAAGCUCUCCUUGCGAUGCUUGUCGCCCGACGCUGCACGAACAACCUUGUGCGCGUGCCUGCUUCUCCAGCAUUGUCGAAUUCGGAACUUGCAAUUAUAUCUCCCAACGAGCUGUCAACCACCCAACCCUAGACGGCGGAAGGAAGCGCAUGGAAAUCCCGUCGGAAUUUGACUUGGGGCAACUUUUAGCCUUCCUCGCCGAGCGCCAAGGGCGGUUCAACAUUCGGGCCAGCCAAGCGUGGGGUUCUCUGUAUGUUCUCGACCUGGGAGAAGCAUACAAGUUCUUGAAGAGCCUAAGCGAACACAAUGGCAACUCGAAAUCAACCUUCCUUGAGUUCAUCGACCGUCGAAUCGUCGAAUCUAAGGACAAAUCGAAAAAUUGGUUGACCUGCGUUAAGGACUGCGAUCCACUGACGCAAGCAUAUACUCUACUGUCACAAUGGAACAAUAUGCCCAGCCGCGCAAAGUACACGUUUGUUCCUCUCGACGCCAAUGGUCAAGAGCGAGACAUGGACAUCAAUAGCCCUGAGGAUCAACGUGACAUCCUCCUGGCAGCUCAGCUAUCUCGAAUUGUCUGCCGCAUGAUGGAAGUCGAAGGCUUCCGCAAACUGGAGCGGGAUUUUUACAACAUCAAGUGGAAGCAAAUCUCGCACGAAACCCACAUUCGCUUCCUCAGGGAACUUGGCCACAUUCUUCUCUCUCUCCGCUGGCGUGUAUCCUGGUGGAAAUGCCUAGGUGACGGUAGCAAGACCCCCGAUCCUACUCAGCAGCACUACGUCGACCGGGUGGAGCUGCUCUGCCGUAUCUUGUACGUUUACUACACAUGUGUUCUGGCGAAGCUGCCCUCGUGGUCCACUUCCGAUGUUCCCAAGGGCACCUGGUCUUCAUAUGCGGACUCGGAGAACGCAAUCUGGGAUGAUUUCCCCUCGGAUCCCUCUGAUAACGGCUUCCACUCGUGGAUGGAUCGGGGCCAAGACCUCAUUGAGCAGGCGGGCGUUCCUGCCAAGGUGGCGAAGCUAUAG